GUUAUCGUUUCACUUUCUUUUUUAUUUUCUCUCUCAAAAGCAGCAAAAACAGAGCACUUUUUUUUCCCUCUAUUAUUCUUCUCUUUGUUUUUUAUUCAUACAAAAAUAUUUUUUUUAAAAUAAAAAUCAUUCUUUAUGUAUAAUACAUAAAAAAAAUUAUUUUUUUCCUGUUGAUAUGUUCUUGAACAAUUUAUAGAUAAAAUUUUAGCUGUCGGUGAGAUUAAUUAGGUAGAGUAUGUUGUCACCGGUGGUGUUUUUGGUGUUUCUAUGUGUAAUUUCUCCGGCGGCGGCGGUGGUGGGUGACGGCGGAAUGACGAUGACGUUGCAGUUAGAAAGGGCUUUUCCGACGAGUCAUGGAGUUGAAUUGAGUCAACUCAAAGCGCGUGACCGAGUUAGACAUGGACGAAUCUUGCAGCAAUUUUCUAAUGGGGUUGUUGAUUUUCCAGUUCAAGGCACUUAUGAUCCAUUUCUUGUUGGGCUUUACUUUACAAGAGUUCAGUUGGGUUCCCCUCCAAAGGAAUUCUAUGUGCAGAUUGAUACUGGAAGUGAUGUGUUGUGGGUUAGUUGUGCGUCUUGUAAUGGUUGCCCAACAUCUAGUGGACUUCAGAUUCAGUUAGAAUUCUUUGAUCCAUCAAGCUCAUCAACAGCUCGACCGAUCUCAUGUUCAGACCAAAGAUGUGCUCUUGGAGAACAAUCUUCUGACUCUGGGUGUUCUACUCGAAAUCAGUGCGGUUAUACAUUCCAAUAUGGUGAUGGCAGUGGGACAUCAGGUUAUUACGUAGCAGAUUUAAUGCAUUUUGAUACAAUCGUGGGGAAUUCUUUGAUGACAAACUCGUCUGCUCCUGUUGUUUUCGGAUGUAGCACAUCACAGACAGGUGACCUAACUAAACCUGACAGAGCAAUUGAUGGGAUCUUUGGAUUUGGGCAGCAGGGCUUGUCGGUUAUCGCACAACUUUCCUCCCAAGGAGUGACCCCAAAUGUGUUUUCCCAUUGCUUGAAAGGAAGUAAUGGCGGAGGUGGUAUCUUGGUGCUAGGUCAGAUUGUGGAGCCAAAUUUAGUUUACACUCCACUUGUCCCAUCACAGCCACAUUACAACUUGAAUCUUGAGACUAUUGCUCUCAAUGGGCAGACAUUGGCCAUUAGUCCACAAGUAUUUGAAACAUCAAGCAACAGGGGAACCAUAGUUGAUUCUGGAACGACUCUGGCUUAUCUUGCUGAAGAAGCUUAUGAAAUUUUUGUUAAUGCUGUCAGUCAGGCUGUUUCACAGAAUGUGCGCCCUCUUGUUGCCAGGGGAAACCAGUGUUAUCUAACCACCUCCAGCGUUGGUGAUAUAUUUCCCAUGGUGAGUUUGAACUUUGCCGGUGGUGCAACAAUGGUAUUAAGGGGUGAGGACUACCUUAUACAGCAAAACUCCAUUGGUGGUGCUGCUGUCUGGUGCAUGGGCUUUCAGAAAAUUCCGGGCCAAGGAUUGACAAUUUUAGGAGACCUUGUUCUGAAAGACAAGAUUAUUGUUUACGAUCUAGCUAGACAACGGAUUGGAUGGGCCAAUUACGAUUGUUCGCAGGCUGUUAAUGUUUCUGCUACCACGAGCAGAGGGAAAACUGAGUAUGUCAAUGCAGGACAGAUCGGUAAUAGUUCACCACGUAACGACCCUUACACGCUGCUAUUAAGUGUCAUUCUAACUUUUGUGUUGCAAGCAAUAGUCUUCGGCACUUACUCAUUCUUGUAACAGUUUGGUAUUGUGGAAGUCAACUGCUAAAUUCUUUCUCAUUUUUGUAUAGCCCUCUGUCCUAUAGUUAUUUAUUUACCGCGGUCGAUAAAGAUUUAGAUUUCUUUCAUAGUAGUAGCCCUAGUUCUGUUGUUUGUUCAGACA